GCCCCAGGCCCCGCCCCCCGCGGAACCCGCCCGGCCCGGCUGAACGGCGGGUUGGCCAGGGCCUAGCUGGCCGGAGGCGGACGUGAGCGGGCCGGGCCAAGAUGGCGGUGCAGGUGGUGCAGGCGGUGCAAGCGGUCCAUCUCGAGUCAGACGCCUUCCUCGUGUGUCUCAACCACGCUCUGAGCACGGAGAAGGAAGAGGUGAUGGGGCUGUGCAUUGGGGAGUUAAAUGAUGACUUAAGGAAUGACCCCAAAUUUACAUAUACUGGAACUGAAAUGCGCACAGUUGCUGAAAAGGUUGACACCGUCAGAAUUGUUCACAUUCAUUCUGUCAUCAUCCUGCGACGUUCCGAUAAGAGGAAGGAUCGUGUGGAAAUUUCUCCAGAACAGUUGUCUGCGGCUUCAACAGAGGCAGAGAGGUUGGCUGAACUGACGGGUCGUCCCAUGAGAGUUGUGGGUUGGUAUCACUCCCAUCCCCAUAUAACUGUUUGGCCUUCACAUGUUGAUGUCCGCACACAAGCCAUGUACCAGAUGAUGGAUCAAGGCUUUGUAGGACUUAUCUUUUCCUGCUUCAUAGAAGAUAAAAAUACAAAGACUGGACGGGUACUCUAUACUUGCUUUCAAUCCAUACAGGCCCAAAAGAGCUCAGAGUCCCCUCGUGGUCCCCGAGACUUCUGGAGCUCCAGCCAGCACAUCUCCAUUGAGGGACAGAAGGAGGAGGAAAGGUAUGAAAGAAUUGAAAUCCCAAUUCAUAUUGUACCUCAUGUAACCAUUGGGAAAGUAUGCCUUGAGUCAGCAGUUGAGCUGCCCAAGAUCCUGUGCCAAGAGGAACAAGAUGCGUAUAGGAGGAUCCACAGCCUUACACAUCUGGACUCAGUAACCAAGAUCCAUAAUGGCUCAGUAUUUACCAAGAAUCUGUGCAGUCAGAUGUCAGCGGUCAGUGGACCUCUACUACAGUGGUUGGAGGACAGACUGGAGCAAAACCAACAGCAUGUGCAGGAGCUGCAACAAGAAAAGGAAGAGCUUCUGCAAGAACUUUCUUCUCUAGAAUAAAGCAGGAGACAGAACAGGGAAGGAUGAAGAUAUCCAGGAAUAAAAUUAAUUAGGCUAAAUCCAUUUUGAAGAAGAAAAAUUGGGGGGACUCACGUUACCUGACUUCAAGAUUUACUAUAAAGCUGUAGUGAUCAAGACAGCCCAUCCGAUUUUGACAAAGGUACAGAAGCAAUUCAACGGAGGAAGGAUAGUCUUUUCAACAAACCAUGUUGGUGCAGUUGGCAAAGAAAAGAAACUUUGACCUAAACUGUAUACAAUAUACAAAUUUGAAAACGUAUCAUGAUGUUAGGUAUAAGAUGUAAAACUGUAAAACCUUUAGGGAAAAAAAAUCAUAGAAAAAUCUUUAGGAUCUUGGGCUAGACAAUGAGCUCUUGGCCUUCACCCCAAAAGCACAGUCCUAAAAGGAAAAAGUUGAUACACUGGACUUUUUCAAAAGGAAAAACUUCUGCUCUGCAAACAAUUUAAGAGGAAGAUGUUAUUGACAGAAAUCACUUGCAAACCAUUUAUCGUGAUGAAUCCAGAAUAUAUUGUAUAAAGUCAAGAGGAAAAAAUAAUAGUUAGAAAAUGAGCAGAAGGCAUGAAUAGACAUAGCACUGAAGAGGGAAUGUUGAUGGCAAGCAAGCAUAGGAGAAAAUGCUGAAUCUUAUUAGUAAUCGGGAUGCAAAUUAAAACCAUAAGGAAUUAUGACUAUGUACUUAUCAGAAUGGCUAAAGAAAAUAAUAAUGAAAAUGGGGACUUCCUGGCAGUUCAGUGGUUGAGACUCUGCCUUUCAGUGCCAGGGGCAUGGGUUUGAUCCCUAGUUGGGGAACUAAGAUCCCACAUGCCUCAGGGUGUGGCCAAAAUUUUUUUAAAAUAGUGAAAAUAGAAGAUGCUGUUAAGUAUACAAAUUGGAGAUCUCUUACCUUGCUGAAUGGAAUGUAAAAUGGUAAGCCACUCUGAAAAAAAAGAGUUUGGAAACUUCUAAUAAACUUAAACAUGAAAGUAAAAGCGUUAGCUGCUCAGUCAUAUCUGACUCUUAGGACCCCAUGGACUGUAGCCUGCCAGGCUCCUCUGUUCAUAGGGAUUCUCCAGGCAGGAAUACUGCAGUGGGUUGCCAUUCCCUUCUCCAGGGGAUUUUCCUGACCCAGGGAUCGAAAGUUAGACAUACAUGUACUUUAUUACCCAGCAACUGUUUUUCUGGACAUCUAUCCCAAAGAAAUGAAAGCCUAUUUUGGCACAAAAACUUCUAUAUAGAUGUUAUUAGCACUUUCAUUUGUAAUAGCCCCAAAUGAAACAACCCAGAUGUCCUGCAGUUGUGUGUGCAGUUAAACCAACCAUGCACACCAUGGGAUACUACUCUGCAAUGUAAAGAAACAGAAUAUUGAUAUACACAACUUGGAUGGACCUCAAGUGUAUUAUGAUGAAUGAAAAAAGUCUCAACAGGUCACCUGCUGUAUGACUGCAUUUGUAUAACAUUCUAAAUUCUUGAAAUGAAAAAAUGAUAGAAAUGAAGAACAGAUUAAUGGUUGCCAGGGAUAGGGACUAGACUGGGUAUGAGAUAUGCGUGAUUAUAAAGGGUAACAACACAAGCAGUUCCUUUGUGCUGAUGGAACAGUUCUAUUUCUUGAUUGUGGUGCUGAUUACAUGAAUAUAUAUCUGUGCUAAAACUAUAUAGAGCUACACAAAAAAACCCCCACAAAUGAGUGCAUGUAAAAUCUGGUGAAACCAAAUAAGGUCUAUAGUCUAGUCAGCAGUAUUGUACCAUUGUCAAUAUGUUGGUUUUGAAGUUGGACUAUAAUGAUGUGUAAGAUCUUACCACUGGGGGAAACUCAGACUCCCUGUACUAUUUUUGCACCUUCCUGUUAAUCUGUAAUUAUUACAAAAUAAAGAGUUGUAAGUUUUAAAUAAGGAA